GUUGUUGAAUGUUUUUAACAGCUGUUUGUUAAAUGUCAAAUUUGACAUUUAGUUGAUUGAGUUUGCUGUUUUUUAUGAAAUUACGUAAAAUUUAACACAGUCAAAAUGUCUUUAGUAAAGGCCGGCUAUUAUGAUAAGCCCGAAGGGCAAGACUGUUACGGCAAAAUGUUGGCCACCAAUUCCUAUGCUGCUGCCGCCGGCUUAGCCUGGUCCACCAUUGAUGUAUUGAUGUUGUCACAUACCAAGGGUUAUAUACCCACAAUGGCACGUUUUGCCUACAAUAUGGGACCCAUGAUGGGUAUGGCCUCAGCCUUCACAUUAACCACUUAUUUGGCCACAAAUGCCAGAGGCAAGGAUGAUAGAAUUAACUAUUUCUUGGGUGGCAUGGCUGCUGGUGGUGUUUAUGGCGCCUGGAGACGCAAUCAUGUAGCUGGUCUAGUUAUGGGUUUGGCAUUUGGUGUUGCUGGUGUUAUUAAGAAAUUGUCCAUUGAAGAAGGUUGGGAAUUCUUCCCCGCGCUCAACCAUCAUGGUUUUAUGGGUGUCUCAGAAAAAGACUACUCUUUAAUGGCCGAACGUCCCAAAAAUUGGACAACCGGCAAGGAGAGCUCUUAGAGAGCAUUAGCAAAUCUGUGUUUUAGUCAUUAGUCGAAAAAUGUUAAAUUUUACAAAACCAUCGUAAUGAAUUCGUGAAAAACAAACAACAAACCGAUAAUAAAAUCAAAUAACUAAAUUA